AUGUCCCAAACCCCUAACCUUGACACCCCCAUCCCCCAACCCUUCUACCACUUCACCAACUCCUCCUGGCACCCAGCCACCUCCCCAACGACGACGACCACUACCACCACCAGCACACCCCUCCAAACCCUCCGCCUAACAACCUGGAACAUCGACUUCCGCGUCCCCUACGCCAACCAACGCAUGACCAAAGCCCUCAGCUACCUCUCCACCCUCCACGACAGUUCCCAUACCACCCCAUCCGUGAUCUUCCUCCAGGAAAUGGUCUGGUCCGACCUGCUCCUCAUCCAGCAGCAGCCCUGGAUCCAAGAACGGUUCUACAUCACGGACGUCUCGACUGGGAACUGGGCCCUAGGACACGAAUACGGGACUACCACGUUGAUUGAUAAGAGGUUGGAUGUGAGAGGUGUUUGGAGGGUCAGGUAUUCGGCGUCGAGGAUGGGGAGGGACGCGUUGUUUGUGGAUAUUGGGAUCAGUGGAUUUGGCGAUGGGGAUGGGCGGCAGACCGGCCCUGAGGACUCGAUCCUUCGACUCUGCAAUACUCAUCUGGAAAGUUUGGUUUCUCAACCGCCGCGUCGCCCGAUGCAGUUGCGUCUUGCGGCGCAGUUCAUGCGGGGAGAUGGGCCUUCAGUCCCCCAUGCGGCGAUUCUAGCGGGUGAUUUGAAUGCCUUUGCGCCGGAGGAUCUGACAGCACCGGAGGAGUGUGGGCUGCAGGAUGCGUUUCUCGUGCUUGGGGGACAGGACGGGACAGAGGAGAGUUAUACUUGGGGUCAGCAGUUGUCGGAAUAUGAGAGGGGUAGGUUUGGGUGCAGUCGGAUGGAUAAGGUGCUAUUCUGCGGAGGCGUGGAAGUACAGAGUCUGGAGAAGAUCGGGGCUGGGGAGAAGAUUUGGAUCGAGUAUCCCCAGGAGUCGGAUUCUGAGGAGUCGAGUGAGACCGGGGAGGAUAUGUGGGUCACGGAUCAUAUUGGAUUGCAGGCGGUGUUUCGGAUUGUGAGAUAG